UCUAGAUCUGAUCUGAUAUAUAUCUAGGCCUGUGAACUAAUCUAGAGUUUAGGGCCGACCCUCGAAUCUGCCUCUACUCCUCUAGAUCUAGAUCUAGAGUCUAGAAUAUCAGAAUUCAGAUUUUCUAAAAUCUAGAUAUCUAGUCUGCAAAACAAAUAUCUGAAACAUUGACUAAGAUGAAUGUAGAACAUGAAAUACAUCUGCUUGUAGAAGAAAUAAAGCGCCUUGGAAAAGAAGGAGCUGGUGGUAAAUAUGAGGUGACAUUUGGAACUUUGUUUAAUGAUGACAAAUGUGCAAAUAUUUUUGAGGCUCUGGUUGGCACACUCCGAGCGGCUAAAAAGAAGAAAAUCAUAAAGUAUGAUGGAGAACUUCUUUUGCAAGGUGUUCAUGACAAAGUUGUUAUUUCAUUGUGCUGACAGCAUUUAGCACAUAGUGUUGAGUUUCUUCUUUUAAGUGCUAGUAAAUGACAAGCAUUAACUAUAGCAUGCCUUCUAUUGCAUUUGUAUUUAGUUUUUUUUUUUUUUUUAUUGUUGUUGAAUGGUUAUAUAGAAUUUUAAAAAUAUUUUAUUUUAUUUAUGGGAACAUGCACUGUGACCCAGAUAAAACAUUGUAAAAUCACCCUAUUUUAUAUAACCUUUUUUCUCUGCUUUAAUGUUUCUUAUUAGAAAAGCAAUGACUUAGCAGAGUUUAAUUUAUUGAUUAACAUGCAGGACUAGAUUGACACAUGAAAUGCGUAGGACAUAAUUAUUUUCUUUUUUGAAGUAUCGUCUGUAAUAAGAUAAAAUGCUACAUAGAGUAAUGUGGAAGUCUGUGAUGCUGAUUUCAAGACAGACAAAAUGCCAUGAUAAAAAGGUGUUUGUUCAGCUAUUGAUAGAAACUUGACUGUGUUGAAAUCAAUAAUAUCGACAUGCAGGAAACACUUCUUUGGCGAGUAGGAACUAAGUACACCAUCAAAAACUUCUAUUGCCCACCAUCUUCAACAGCAGAAAUAGACCUACAACUACCACUCUACACAAGGACAAUAAUAGCUGGUGACUUUAAUGCAUAUGCACCCUCCCUAGGCUACCCAUAAAAAAACUUUGAAUGCCCCUCCCUAAUCCACCUUAGGCAGACCCUACUUCCACUACAGCCCAACAUAACCAACACCUUGUAAGGCAGUGCUGAACAACUGAAGAAAAUAGCACACUUUUUUUUCCUUGGCACAGUCUGCAAAAGAGCUCACAGCUCAGCAGCAAUAAAGCUGGCUAGAAGAAGAAGAAGAAACCAAUAAAUUCUUAUUAAAAAGAGUUGUAAUUUAAAUUUUUUUUUCAGUUUAUAGGUAGUUACAAUUGUAAUAAAAAAAAAUGUAUAACUAUCACUAUUCUUUUUCAUCACCACAUAUGCCUUUAUGAAUUUUUUGAAUAUUCAUGCUGCUAGUAAUGUGUGAAUAUGAUUUAAAGUAAAAGAUUGAUUUCUCUUAUUGCUUUAGAAAUUGAUAUUUACAAGUUAUUAAUAGAUUUUGUAAGCAUGUUUUAAAUAGAUCAAAUUAUGUUAAAUGGUGAAAAUUUGUUUAGAUUUGUAAAAAUGCUGUAAUUGAUAUUAAACUGCUUGAUGUAUUGCUGGAUGAUUAAUGUGCCUCUCAAUAAUGAAAGAGAUAUAAAUUAUAUUUAUUUUAUUGGCAAUAUAACCAGGCUUGAUUCAUUAGGCAUGCUUGUGUUCUGUUGACUGCAAUUGAUUUUCUUUUUAUUUUUGGAUGUGAUUAGUGCGAAAAUGAGUUACAAUAAACAGAACUCUUAGCUUCGAGUAGGUUUGUAUAAUUUGACAUUAUAUUAUGCCUGUACAUUUUCAUUAUUCUAAAAAAGAAUAUUGGAUUUGUGAUUGUUCAAGCAACCAACUGUUUGGAACUCUUUGUAUUAAAUAAUCUUUUUUGUCAAUGAUGUCCUACUUUUGACUGCGGUGUCCUGUUAUAUGAUGCAACAAUGUUACUCUUAUUUCAUUUCCUUUUUUUAAAAAUAGAAAUCAGUAAAAAAAAAAAAAAAAAAAAGAA